ACUCACUUUCUCUCGUGUUUUCUGCAGGAGUUAUGGCAGUGGAGGGCAAAAGGACUAGGGGAAGACAGAAGAUCGAGAUGAAGAGAAUAGAGAAUGAAGAUGACCGCCUAAUCACUUUCUCAAAACGCAGAUCUGGUGUCUACAAAAAAGCAAGCGAGCUGGCCACCCUGUGCGGUGCUGAGGUGGCAGUGGUUGUCUUCUCACCAGCCGGAAAACCCUUUUCAUUUGGUCACCCUUCUGUCGAGUCAGUGACCAGCCGUUUCCUGAAUCAAAACCCUGAUCCGCAUGGUGACAGAACCCACCCGCUCGUUGAGGCUCACCGGCGAGUGAGAAUAAACGAGCUCAGCCAGCAGUACACCGAGCUCGUUAGCCAACUGGAAGUUGAGAGGGAGAGAGGAAAGGAGCUCCAAAAGUUGACAAAGGCAAGACCGGGAGACGACAAGGGCUGGUGGGAGGCUCCUAUUGAGGAGCUUAGCUGUGAAGAUGUACAGAAAAUGGACGCGUCGCUAAGGGAGCUUUACAAUACUGUUUGCAACUGUAUGAAGGAGAAGCAUGCUGCGAUUGCUGGGACAUUUCCUUCUUCCUCAACAUUUCUUUCUGGAUAUUCUGCCCAAGGAACGACGUCGUCCAACCCCUUAUUUGCUGCUAACAAUGCCAGUGGAGCUGAUCCUUCUGGUUCUGGCUUUCAUCCUGCCUACGGCUAUGGAGUGGGGCACUUUUGA